AUGGAUCAAUCAUUACAAGUAUCACGUUCUUAUAGUAUGGCAACAGGUCUAACUAAUGAACAGUCAUACAAUAGUAUUAAUUUAUCGGGCGCUAUUCAGAAUGAUCCUGGUUUAUUAGCCGAAUAUAUCAAACAACAAAAUGCUUCGAAAUUAAAUACAAUAAUACCACCACCAACAACGACAAGUAAAAACCAGAUGUAUACAAUAAGUGAAAAUAUUAUCGAUGAACAAGUUACAUUAUCAUCAUGGGCAGAUUAUCAACGAAAUUAUUAUGAUAUGAAUUUAAGUCAGACAUCGUCUGAACAACAAGCACCGUUUAGAUCAUCACAAAGUUCUUAUGCUAAUUUACUGUCUCGUUUGGCUGCUUCCAUAUCUAAUGUUCAAUAUUUACAUUUACUUUCAACAAUGGUUUAUAAUAUGACAAAUAAUACUCAUGAUGAUAUUUCACAUUAUGAUGAAACAUACAGUUCUCUAAUAUUUUUCACUAUUGUAUACGUAUUAGUAUUAAUAAGUGGUCUGGUUGGAAAUUUAAUUGUUCUAUAUGUUAUUUUGAAAAACAAAGAUUUAAAACAUUUUACAAAUUAUUUUUUUGCCAAUUUGAGUAUUGCUGAUGUAUUUGUUCUUGUAUUUUGUAUACCAACAGCUCUCCAUGAUAUUUGGGCCGAAGAUCAAUGGUAUUUAGGAAAAUUUUUUUGUUUAACAAAUCAAUAUAUUGAAUCAUGUGCCACCAGUAUUUCAUCAUUGACAAUCACAGCUAUUAGUUUUGAACGCUUUAUUGCUAUAUGUCAACCAUUCAAAGUUCAUGAUAUAUUUAAUGAAACCUUAACACUUGUAACAAUUUUCCUCAUUUGGGCUAUUGCCAUUAUAUUUUCAUUGCCAUUUUUAAUAUUUUCUGUUUAUGAUCCAAAUUUUGAUAAAUCUGAUCAUGUUAACAUCACAGAUAAAAUUGUCUUGUGUCAUUUGGAUGCAAAUUCGACAACAGCACGUACCUGUAUUACAUGGUUUAUUAUUGUUUUGAUAUUUAUACCAUUUUUCAUAUUAACAUUUAUUUAUGCUCGUAUUGUACUGGAAUUAGCACGACAUCAUCGAACAUCAUUGAAUAAUAUUGAUGAUGAUACAAAUGGUGAUACACGUUCACAUUCAUUUCUUGCUUAUAAACGAUUUGAACAAAAACGUUUAAAUACUGUUAUUAUUUGUGUUGUAACAGUGGCAUUUUUUGCUUGUCAAUUUCCUGUACGCAUUAUUCAAUUGAUUGAUAUGUAUGCACGUAUUCGAAAUGAAACCUAUCUACCACAUUUAGCUUGGAUUUGGAUGUGGAAAUUAUCAAAACUUUUAUUUUUUGCCAAUUUUACAGCAAAUCCAAUUAUUUAUAAUAUUUUAUCAACAAAAUUUCGUCGAUCAUGUAGACGUUUAUUUCAAAUGAAUCGUUCAAUGAGUUUAUCAAAUUCAUCACGAAAAGCAAGUAUUACAUCGUAUCUUUAUUCCAGUAUUUAUAAUAGAAAGAAACAAUCAAAAUACAAUGCCGGUAACAACAAAGACAUGAACAAUAUCAAUUUUAAUAAUAAUAACAACAACAAUAAUCAAAAUUUAAUCAAUGAUUACGAUAUGUGUAGUAGAGACCUUGUUACACUAGGAUUAAAUGAGGAUGGAAAUUGUACAAUACGAAAACAACAACAAAUACCAUUAAGAGCGUUUGUUGAGGAAGAAGACAAAUAA